AGGCUGUUGUUAUCUUGUGGGAUUAACCGACCACAACAUUGACGGCUUGCAAGUAAAUUUUUGGAGGAGCGGAUUAUUUCCGGGUCUUUACAUUAUAAUGAAGUCCAUUCUAACCUCGCUGUCCUUGGUCAACAGGGUUGGUGCUUGUAGCCAUGUAAGCAGAAGUGUUAGGACCUGUUUUCAGGCAAGGAGACUGCAUUUAGAGUCAAACGAUAAUUCAGGGACCAAGACUGUUAGAGAUGUGAUUUCAAGUUUAUCAGCAAAAGUCGGCGCAGCUAAGAGCUUCACACAAGUAUCAGAUCGAUCCUUUCUGCUUGAGCUCCUGCCAGAGUCGCAGGAUGAAUUGCCGCCAAGAAGCAUGAAGGACAGCUUUGACAGUGCAAUCAUUCCCCUUGAAAGUGAAGUGAGACUAAGGGAAAAAUAUGUGACCUUCCUUGGAGGAGUGAGAGUUGGCAGACUUUUGGAAGACCUCGAUGUGUUUGCAGUAUGGCUGUGCUACAAGCACCUAGAAAACCCUCGGCAGAAGGAAAACAUGCCGAGCCCAUACAGCAUCGUCACCGCUCUUGUCGACCGCAUUGAUUUCAAUCAUGGAGUAAUGUUGAGGCCAGACCGUGAUAUUCGACUGUCAGGCCACGUUUCCUGGGCCGGACGAUCAUCUAUGGAGGCCAUUAUUAAAGUGGAGCAGUUCACAGAGGGAGAGUGGCAGCAGGUCACUCGUGCUGUAUUUGUUAUGGUGGCUCGAGACCCCCUCAACCAAGGCUCAGCGCUUGUGAAUCCCCUUGUUCCUGAGACAGCAGAAGAGAAGAGAAUAUUCCAGGCCGGAGAGAUCAACAAGUUACACAGGAAGGUGAUCCAGCAGGAGAGCCUGUUUCGAGUCCCUCCAAAUGAGACAGAAAAGAGCCUCGUUCAUGAAGUCUUCAUGUCCAUGGCCAACCCAGAGCAGCUUUCUUUCGCCUCCAAGAACGUUCCAGAGAAUUCAGUCUGGAUGGAGAAUCACAAAUUGAAGAACCUUAUUAUCUGUCACCCUGAGCACAGGAACCGAUUCAAGAAGGUGUUUGGCGGAUUUCUCAUGCGUCAGGCCUAUGAACUAGGCUGGGCAUGUGCCUUUACGUAUAGCAAACAAAGGCCACGCAUUCUCCACAUAGAUGACAUCAUGUUCCGUCGACCAGUAGAGAUCGGGUCGCUCCUGUAUCUAAACUCACAGGUUGUGUACACUGAGGGGACACACAUUCAGGUCAGCACAAAAGCAAGUGUGAUGGAUGCUGUAACCUCAGAAAUCAAUCUCACAAACAUUUUCCACUUCACUUAUGAAGUGUUGCGACCUGGUCCAACUGUCUUGCCUCGAACUUAUCAUGAGGCUAUGCUGUAUCUCGAUGGUCGUCGUCAUUACCAACUUGUCCGAGGUCUUCGCAAGUUCUAUGGCCAAGGAGAAGUGCCUUCAGACACUCGAAUUUAAAAAGAAUGGUCUAGAGAACAAUUGUUUGGUUAAAUAUUUGAUACUGUUAAUAGAAUUAAAAUUAUAUGCACAUACAUGAGUACAGACACAUCCACACAUACAUUAUGAAUAUUCAUAAGUACAUUUAUUGUUCUGUGUGAAUAUUUAUAUCAUUAUAUAUUUAUGCAUAUUAAUGUAUGUAUGUAAAGGUAACACAAUUACUCACAUGUAAACGCUUAUAAGAAACCAAAGCACAAAGUUUUGCUUUCUUUUUUUCAAGCGAAGAUUAAUUAAUCUGAUUUCAUGUUAAUUGGUAUUUUUAGUAGAUUGGUAUGUAGUGCUUGAUCUAGUCUUUAAAAAAAAAAUAUGUGACCUAAUAUUUGGCCAUAUUUUACUCACUUGUCUACCUAAGUAUCUUUUGUCAAGAUUUAAUCUGCCUAGUUUGUGGCGGUGCUUUACUUAAUUUAGAUUUAAGGUGUUUUUAAAAAGGCGAGCAUAAUGAGGGUAAAUGUAUGAAGGGGAUUUUUGCAAAUAAUUUUCAUAUUUAUGGUAUUUAGAGAGGUGGAGGCUGCCAGGGACAUAGGUUUUAGAAAUGGGAAUCACUAUUUUUUCACUUGAUUGACCUAACACAUAGUACAUAUUGUACAGGUGUAAUUUAGACAUAUCACCCUUGAUAAACAAUGAACACAAAUUAUGCAUGUGUAGGAAAAUGAAAGAAAACCUUGAACUUGAGAAAAACUAUACAAACUUUAUUGCAGCUAAAAUUACUAGCAAAAAUUGUCCAUCGCCAAGACCUAUUUACGGUUAGUACUUUACACUUAUAUUUUUUUUCUUAGCUUUUGUAUUAAAUGGAAUGGAAAAGCUCGAGUAACUGACAAAAA